AUGUUCAACUUAUUGCCCCCUUCAGUGGUCAUCCAUUACGCGUCGGUAAAUCGUGCAUCAAAGGUCGCUGAAGGAGAUAAGCAAUCAUUGCUACGUCAGGCAAAGGCUACUGCCGCCUCUGAUUUUUGUGCUGUUGUUCCUGGAACGCAAACGCAGGAAUGCCUUUGUCCCUGGGAUCACUCUAACCUUCCUACUAGUUAUUCCAAGUUCUGCAAAGUUGAAAUACCAUGCGAUGCCUAUGUGUGUUUGACUAUGGUUAGAAUUAGUUCAAACAAUUCAGCCAAAGAUGAAAUUGGCUAUUCACUUUCGGUUAAAUCAUGGGAUUGGCUCAAUUCUCCUUUAUUUCCUAAUAUUCCAAGCAUGCCCUAUAAUCUAUCGAAAUUUCUAGUCGGCUCGCCAAAUAACCUGCCACAAAAUCAAAAUAUGAAUCCUAUGGUUUCAAACCUAGGAUUGCCUCCGACUUUUCUUCUUCGUUUGUCGCUUGAUCCGAAAAUCUCCCCAGGAGGAGCCUUCGGCCUUCCUGACGACAGAACCUUAUCUGGACUAAGUCGUGAAUCGUCUAUC